GAGGGCGGCGGGUCAACUCGCACUCACGGAUGACGUGGCGAUCUUGACCCCAGACGACAUGGUGUGCGCGGGGCGGCUCCUCGCGGCAGGCCCCGACAUCGCAGCGGUCCGCUUCUCAGCGGCGCGCAGGCCCCCACCGCCGGGCAUCGCGCUGGAGGCGACCUACCGCUUCGGGCGGGCGCCCUCGGCGGCUCGCGAGGCUGCGUGGCUGGCGGCCGCCACCGCCGAGGCCGAUGCGGAGUUCGCUGGACGGCAUCCUGGCGUGGCGGCCCCAGCGGGAGGCACGCUCGUCCACAUUAGCGGUGGGCUUCUCCCUGCGGCUGGGCUGGCGGCGGGCGCUGCUGGGCCGCUGGUCGCGGGCCCCGCGGGCGGUGCCGCCCUCCCGGCGGCGGGGGCCGUGGUCGCUGCUGGACCCCCCCCGUCCGGGGCCCGCGCGGCGGCCAUCGUGGCCCCUGCCGCCGCAUUGGUCGCCCCCCCCCCCCCCCCCGUGGCCGCGGCCGCCGCCGCGCCCAUCGCCGCUGGGCCCUCCCCGCCGUCGGCGCUCCGCUGGGCCCGGCCUGGAAGGACGACGGCGGGCCCCCCCUCGGCCUUUGCCGGCGAGGCUCUGCAGGGCUGGGCCUGGGUGGUCGCAGAGGACGUCGGCACCUUCAGCUUCGGAACCGUCGUGCAGGCGGCCCCCAUGUCUGGCGUCGUUCCGUCGGCGCACUGCGGACGCCGAGUGGUGGUCAUCCUGGCGGGGGGCAUCGGCGGCAUGUCGUUCCUCCUCGAGGAAUGGCGUCGCGCCGACUUCGUCAACCGCUGGCGGGGCUCGGGCGCCAGGAUGCUGGCGAGGAUGCCUGGGCCCACGGCGCCGCGCAGUUGGCUCUCAGCCAUGGAGGUCGCCAAGGAGAUCGCUGACCCAGGCUUUACCUUCGUGCUCCGCCGGUCCACCGCCUGGUGUGUGUCCUGGCUGUUCGUGAGGGUGGACCAGUCCAGCAUCAUGAGGCGCGGAAGUCUCGCCAGCGUCGCACCUCCGACUUCGGCGUUCUCGAGGACAGUCUCCGCGAGGCGGCGCGAGCAGGACUCUAGCCAGCGGAAGCUUCCGAUGGAGGAGCUCGCCGCUUUCGUGGGCGGGGCAGGCGCGGCCAGCCAGCCAGGCAGCAUGAUGUGUCCUGUUCUCUUCGACGUGGUCGGCAUGGGGCUCGAGCGGGUCGGCCGCCUCGAGGAGAGCGCCCGCAAGUUGCGGGGGGAAGAGAAGGCCGCCUGCAGGGCCAAGGAUUUGGAUGGCAGGCUCGGCGGCGCGGGCGCGGAACGGCCGCGGGACAUCCGUCCGCCGCCGGCGCCGGCAGCUGCCGACUCUGGUGGCGGCGCGGGCGGCUUGCCUGGCGCGAGUACGGCGCGGCGGCGGUGCCUUGGUCGGAUCGCGGACUCCGUCUUGCGGCUGGGCCCCUCGCUGGGCGACCUCCAGUCUUUGCCGGCCCCCUGGGAGCUCCGGGCUACUCUGCCCUGCGACGGCUCGCUGUCGACCGGGGCGGAGGCGAUCGACGUUCUCCAGCUCUCGCUACCCCCGACUGGCAACGCGCCCGCGCGGCUGGGCCGCUCGCUGGGGCCCGAGGAUUUCCUCCGCGUCUUGCGCGACGAGCGAGGCCAUGCGCGACCUCUGGCGCUGCGCGGCUUCGUUGGCGAAGCUGCCCGACGCCGGGGUCAUCGACCUGGUGCCCUUCUCGGGGUGAUCGACGGGGUCGGCCUCUUCAGCGCUCCCAAGAAGAGUGGGGCGCAGCGCCUCGUCGUGGGCUCCGGGCACUCGGAAUUUUGGCUCGGCGCGCUUGCGGGCGUCCACUUGGCCGCAGGUGCCGCGCUGGCGGCGGUGGAGUUCCCUGGCGGCGCCGACCCGUGGGCGGUCUCGGCGGACGUCGCGGACGCCUCCCUCGACGUGGAGCUGCCGCUGGCCUGGCGGCCGCGCGCCGCCCUGCCGCCCAUUGACGAGUGGCGGCUGGGGCGCUCCGCGGGGCGGGGCCGGCGCCGGCCGAGAGCUAGGGUCGUGGGCCGCCAGAUCUGCCCAAACCUUCUGGUUGGGAGCCGCUUCGAGUACGUCGACGAGAUCGCCGCCCUCUCGCCGGGCGCCGCCUCCGCGCAGCAAUCCGAAGGGGCGACGCAGGCAAGCAGCUGCGGUCGAGUGGUCUCCCCCGUCCGCGAGGAGCUGGCGGCCCUCCAGGCGGCGCAGCUGCUCGGCCGCGGGAUCGAUUCCGGCGGCGGGGCCGCGGCCCCGGUGCCUCGCCAGGCUCCACGGCUGACCUUGGCCGCCCGGGCGCUGUUCGCGACGCCGAAGGUCUCGGCCCAGCAGGUGGGGCAGGUCGUCGGGCGCGGCGCCUUCCUCUUCAUGGCGGGGCGCCCGCUCCUGUCUGUCUUCUCGGCCGUCUACAGGUUCGUCGCGCAGGUCAACGAGGCGCCGCGGGCGUGGUGGCCCGGUGUCGGCCGUGAGCUGACGCGGGCCAUGGGAGUUGCGCCGCUAGCGUUAGAUCGGGGGCGCGUGGACCAAAUGUUCGAGCGAAAUCUUCACCGACAUGAGAUAUCUCUGGGGAACCUCAUCAGGCUCCACGAGCUGCAGCGGAAUCCCCAG